CUGAAGUUCCACUUCCUACGCGACUCGCUUCACUUGCGAUUGACACCGCGCUAAAACUUCGCCGCUUAAUUCUUGAACGGCAUACACGUAUUCGGCACUGCAUAAUUUCUUGCCUUUACGCAGCGUGCCACUCCUGAAAAAAUCUUCGGCGCCCGAUAUUCGCUGCAGGCCGUGAUACAACACAACCGAAAGUGGCGGGUCCAUAUGUAAACGUGCUUUCCGAAGCAGACGACCGAGCUUGGUACGACCCAUUUUAGCACAGAGGGCGCUUUUUAGCACCUUUUUCGCAGCGUCUCCUGGGCUAUGCAAGAGCCCCAUGCAUUGCUGCCGUCGCGCGCUGCACUGCCCCCAUCUGCGAUUUGAGGUCAGCGACAUCAUCGUGCACUGUUCCUUCCUCAUCUCGUUUCCUUCCACAUCGUAAACAUCGUGCCUGUUGUGAUCGUGUUUGUAAUCGUGCCAUGGUACUAAAGGGACAGUCCUCCAAGCGUGUGUUCCCUCUGCAAAUAUUUGUUUUGGUGCCGGUUUCCAGUUGGGAGGCCGAUGGCGUGUCGUCGUGCGCGAAAUCGCUCACACAGGGGCUAGUCAUCCGCGACUUGAGUGGCCACCUGACAGCCGCCUCAGUAUGCCAAACGAAGGUGCGGAACCUCCGCGCUGCGCUGUGUGCGGCCUCCAGCGCGCCCCGAACGCCGUGCUGCUCCCGUUCCCCGACCGGCAGUACUCGAAGCUGUACGGGGCCUGGGUCGAUUUCGUGCGCGGCUGCCCUGGCAAAGGCAACUGGCUGCCCGACAGUCGCACCGGCUUCGUCUGCUCGCUACACUUCACCUCCAACUGGCUCAGGCGCAGCAGGGGCUCGGCUCACCACACCAAGAUGCUGCUCAUCAACCCGUGCGCGGUGCCCACGCUUUACCCGAGCCCGGAGCAACGACGCCGCAUCGCCGAGGCCAACAGCAGCAGCGCUGCAGCCGCCCGGGUGGUUCAGGGGCCGAAUUUACCGAGCUUCCCUUUCGUUCCUAUGAAUGCCAAACAGUUUAAACCGGUAGGCACAGACGACACAAACAAGCUCUCAGUCAGCAAUGGCGAAGGCUACUCUGGCAUCUGGGACUGGAAGCCAGACACGUGCCUAACGAUAGAUGGCUACCCUGCCAAGCCGACAGGCCUCCCCACAUUGCACCUGAGCCAGGAACAUGGCUUCAUUGCCGUAGCCAGUGGCAGAAACACCAUGGAUAUCAAGGCACAGCCUGAUUCCGAGGAAACUGUGGGCAGUGCAGACAGCCCGGGUGCACAGAGUCUUCCAGAUGCAGGCACGGAGCAAGCAACACCGAGCUUGCAGUCCGAGGCAGGCACACAGUGUGACAUUAGCACAGCCACCAAGUUUACCUGGCGCACAGUCAGAAUCAUGUCGAGGUGGACGCAGUAUGACGUGGUGAAAGUGUCCCAAGGCACGCAGGCUUCUGGUCCAGACUUUGAUGAUGACGACGUCCUGAAGAUGCAACGUGGAGGUCAUGUCCCUGUCUACGCCAGUGUACGACGCACAGUUGGGGCUCGCCGUAUGCUGUCUGAGGACAUGCAUGCAAUGGGGCGAGCCACUUGGAAUACCAUGGGAUCCUCAGAACAUUCCAGACCUCAGCAGGGUGUUCUGACUCAGCUUACGCAGAACCUCGGGAAGGAUGUGAAGAAGGCAUCACACUCAACAAAAAUGUCACCUGGAUGUCGAGAUGGUCUGUUAGAAUCCAGUGAUGACAGUGAGGAUCAAGAAACAAUGUGCAAGUAUCGCUUGUGCAAGCAAAAUGGUUUUGGUGCCUCAGUUGUGGGAAAUCCCGCCAGUGAAACGUGUCGCUGUGGCUUGUCUUCAGUCGACUCGUCACAUCAGAAGAAGGUCUAUAAGUGUGCCUUAUGCGCGUACAAGUGCAUAGACAAGGAACAUUUGGUUGUGCACAUGAGUCGGCACACCGCAUGUAGCAGGCCGUUUAAGUGUGAAAAAUGCAGCUGCACGUUUUCAAGGCAAGUGCGUCUGAUGCUGCAUAUGCGUACCCACCAAGAGCCGCAAGAGACAGUUGACACGAGCCAGCAGGAAGAGUUCAAGUGCGACUUGUGCUCGGAAACAUUCGCCAGCCUCGGUGAUCUCCUGGAGCACGUGAACAUCCAUGAAAACCCAGUCAAGUGUCUGCUGUGCCCAUGCACGUUCACGAGCGAAAUGCACAUGAAGGCCCAUUUAUGCCAGCACAGGGGUGAGAAGCCGUUUGAGUGUAGCCACAUCCACCUCAUCCAGCACACGGCCACCCAUGAGAAGGGCUUCACGUGCGCCGUCUGCUCUCGCACGUUCAGCCGCAAGGCCGGCCUCCUGCUGCACAUGCGACAGCACACGGGUGAGAAGCCGUACGAGUGUCGGGCCUGUAUGCGCACGUUCACCGUCCAGGCUGGCCUGAAGAGGCACACGCGCCACCACCAGAAUGUCGUUCAGGCUGCCCGCAAGCUUGGUGGGACGAGGCAAGGAACACGCACCGUUGGCCGGAUGAAUCGCCCUUCGAGUGCCAGCAGACAUUCGUCGGACCUUCCGUCUGCAACCGAGUGACGCAUGCUUGAAAAGGGUGUGCUCAGGAAAACUAGGGUAGGUAUGUAGGUCAGACAUUGAAUAGCUCAGUUAAAGGCGGCACAUGGCCAAAAGAAAGAACUAAUUGCGUGCCUGGCGUUCCUUGUUGUGUCCAUGCCCAGGUCAUCGCUAUUGUGGGAUGAAGUGAGACAUCGUCUUUUAUCCCAUCGCACUCCAUCCCAAUUCAAUAACCUCUGCCUGAUACCGCAUUACCAGCAGUAGAGAGCUUGUCCGUAAGACUGUUAUUGUUUACAGCUUACCUGGUUACCAGAGCCAUGGAUGGCGAUGCAUGCUGUCAGUAGCAUCUUGAGACGCUUUAUGCAACUACAACGUGUAUUAAUACUUUCUAUCACAUGAAUGCUAUCAUUGAAGGAAAAUCAUAGGGCAACUGCACGUCAGCGAUUAUCUUGCUACAAACACUUUCCAUAAGCAGUUAAUUCAGUAUAAUGUGGUAGGUCACUGCAGUAUUAUUUUUGUGUACUCUCUGGUUAAGCUCUGCAUCACAAGAUGUUGCAAUCGGCGAUGCUGCUGCCGUACACUAAUCCUAUGAUCCGCUCUUCCACGAAUGCUAAUACGUUUACUGGCAAGCUAAAGCAUCCGCUCAGACCUAACUGAGAACUCAUGGAAAAGCUUAAAUGGGAACACUGACGAAACGCAGCCCAAGAUUAGGUCAUUUAUGCCACAUGACCAGGUAUUUCUAAGGAACUACAGUACCGGCCCUGCACUCGAGACUGCACAAUUCAGCGACAUCAUGUGGAUCAGAUGUAUUGAUGUAACGUGCAGGGCAUAGGCGGCGGAAAGUUUUCAUUUCUACAGGGGGGGGGGGGGGGAGUUGACAACCAGCUUUCCUAACCCCACAUAUAUGUGUAUAUAUAUAUAUUUGCAGCUAUUCCUUCCUCUCUACAUCACACUUAUUAUCCAUCUGUCAAGGCCGACUGAUCUCAUUGAUAACAAAAGCCCCUUGAUAAUGCGGCGCUCUGACAAUGCACGAAAUGCGAAAAGCAAUGUAAUAGGCGUAGCAUGCUUCAAAAUCCUGGCUUUGCUUGCACUGCAAUGACAGUGCGCACGCAGCUAUAUUUCACGCCAGACACUUGCUUCGGACCAAAGCCAAAUUAAAGUGACGGUUUUAGUUUUCAUGAGAGUGUAUACGUUCUUCAGCAACAGGUUCAUGGCAUAAAAUAAAAGCGAAAUUAACAGACCGGGAAGCGACCCACGUGUUCAGAAAAGUCAAAACUGAUGCUUUCAAGAAAGUAAAUAACCACUUGUAUAUAAGCCGAACUGGCAAUCGGGACGCCUGCAUAAUAAAAAAAGAAAUACAUCAGAUUUCAGUGUGCCCUUAUCUAUGAAUUCAUAAGCGCCGUUGAACACCACCUGCUACCUAGAGGACGUGCUCGAAUAGGUGACCUUCUGCAGCUACGCAGUACUGGCUCCACUUCAUCACAUCUUGAGUGGCUUUCUUGAAGACCGAUGCUCGAAUUCUACAGCAGAUAUCUGUUUUAUCCUUGUCUUGAACUAAUCUGACGUCCAUCUCUGAUCAUGUAAGCAUGAUCUUUCACAUAACCCCAAAAAAAGAAAUCGAGUGGAGAGAGGUCAGGUGACCUAGCCGGCCAAUUUACAGGCCCGUGCCUUCCAAUCAAUUUCGCGUGAAAAGUCGCAUCCAGUGAGUUUCGUGCUUGGCUGCUGCUGUGUUCUGGUGCUGCGUCUUGCUGAUACCACAGAAGUGGAAGACGUGUGACAGCGGGACUUCGUUGAGAAAGUCAUCCACCACUCCUUCAAGGAUUUCAUACACAUAACGCUGUCCGGUCAGUGUGAUUGAAGAAGAUGGGACUGAUUAUAGCACCAGCAUAAAUGCAACAACCCACAUUAAACGACCACUGGUAUUGGUUUCGAUUGAGUUUUACCCAGUGUGUAUUGUAGUUACCCCAGUAGUGUGCAUUAUGCAAAUUUACCUGGGUGUUUCUCUGACAAUUUGCUUCAUCUGUGCACAUGAUGUUGCUCAAGAAGUGUGGUGACUCAUCAGCUUUUGUGAGGACCCAAUUCGAGAAAUCUAGGUGAUUCUACAGGUCCCUAUCUUCCUAGCAUUGGUGCUGGUUAAGGUGCUACGGGUGAAAGCCCGUCGUUCAGAAUCCUCCAAACUGAUGACUUGGAAAUUGGUACCUGGGCGGCCACAUCCCUCACGCUAGCAUGAAGUUCCGAGACCACAAAUGCUAGAACGUCCAACAUCCAUGGGUAGGCUAGGACUCAAAGAUUAAGUCCUACGCCACUGUUUCUUGAAGCUGCCAGUUUGUCUCAAGUUUUCAUCAUUUCUGAUGAUAGUCGACGCGUUUGGUCUACCGUCACACUUCCCAUGACUGAUAUAUAUGUAGUUGAAGCCUUCCUCUUGUUCUCAUUCGCAGCUCCCAAGGCAAGGAUCAUUUUUACCUCCUGCUCAUUAGAGAAAGACAUGGUGACUGGGACGAAAAAAAACACCUUCAAACAUUUGCACUGACCUUGUGAAUUCGCUUUUGUGGUGAUAGGUUUAGUGGCAAAAAGAAAAAGAA